AUGAAAGAAAUCUGGGCAAACCUGCGGACACUACCCUAUGUGAUACGACAAAUCCUUAAUCACUCUACCAUCAGUGCAUGGAUUGCCUGGUUUCCGGUUUUAUUCUACAGCACGAUUUAUGUUGGGGACCUGCAUAAAAAAUCAUCACCCGUGCCAACAACCGACGACGAACGUGCCGAGCUUGACUCUGAGGCAAACCGUUUAGGAUCGAGAGCGUUGUUAUAUUCUGCGCUUCUCGCCCUUCUAGUAAAUCUAAUUAUACCGUUAUUUGUGGCGGAAGCUGCUCCACGGCCCAAGCCGGGACCGGCAGCAACGAAAUAUAGUAGGGGAACAACCUGGUGGGAGCAAAUAAUUAGGGUUCCCAGAGGCAUGCAGGUGCACCUCGCGACGCUUGCAGAAGCAAUCCUCACCGAACCAGCAACUCGUUCGACUGAUGACAAUGAUACUGCCAGCAUCAUGCUCACUGAUACCCGCACGCAAGGCAGGAGGAGUACCGAACGCGGCGACGAACAGUCAGCGUUCCUGCCCGGCAAUGUGUCCGACGACGAUGACGAGAACUAUGGGAACGAAGAGAGAUGGCUCAUAGAAGAGCGGAGGCGCGUGCUUAGUAACUCUGGGGCGCAGAUGAGUCGGGUUGUGUUGCAGGGGGGUGGCAGUGGUGAUAUUAAUUUCGGUGAUUACGAAGAGGAAGAAAAUGGGUACGAGAUUGUGCGUGCAGAGGAUGAGGGGACCAGAAUGGGACGGAGCAGAGCUACGGCGAGGAGCGAAGGUGGAAUGUUAAGCUCCAAGGCUGGAGUUAUUUUGGGCAUUCAUAACAUAUUCAUAGUCAUACCACAGCUUCUCGUUACAGGGGUUUCCGCAAUCUUAUUUGCUCUCUUCGAUCCGCAAAAGCCGGCUUUGCCUGCGCAUCGGGCACCUGUCGCUCCUGCGCCAGUGGUGAACUCCACGGAGACUGACACCAGUGGUGUGUUACUAGUAACUGCAGGGAAUGCGACGGCGGAGAUGGUAUCUAAGGGUGCAGGUAUCUUGUACAGUGUAUUGAUACGACAAGAGGGAUUAGGAGAACAGGGGGAGGUACAGCAUUCGAAUUCUGUCGUGCAUAUUUUCCGGUGA